GUGAAGAGGGAAUGGAAGGUAUUCCUACAAUCCAGGUUACCAAACAAAAUGUUGAGAAAGUUAUUAGCAGUGAGGUUACAGGUUGCAAAGAAAAUGAAACUAGAUCAACUGAAGUAACACAUGCAAAAAGAAGCCAAAAACCUAGUCAUACCUCACAAGUUGGAGGUUCUCAAGCCAAGGAAACUAGAUCAACUGAAGUAACACAUGCAAAAAGAAGCCAAAAACAUAGUCAUACCUCACAAGUUGGAGGAUCUCAAGCCAAGGCCACCACAACUCAUGAAGAUAGAAGAGCCAGAAAAAUAAAGGAGAGAAAGAGUGUGAAGGAACCUAAUAGUUCUAUACCAAAGGUACCAAGACAGGAAGCAAUUUAUACCCAGGAAGAAAUUUAUAGCCAGGAAGAUGUAUACAGCCAGGAAAUAGAAGGGAAUCACUCAAAGACUACUUACAAGCAACUAGAGGCAAAGACAGCAAGUGUGAACAAAAUCAUUAGAACUGUUAAAAUGGAGAAGGCACAGGAGAAUAGGAUGAAAAUCAGUGAGGUGAAGAAGAGAAAGAACAAAGGGCCAGUCAAGGUGACAAAAGGGAUGGAUGUAGCAUUGACUUCACCAUACAGUGAAGCAGUGGUUGCUCUUGGGACAGUUCAGAAUGCAGACACAGAUGAAUUCAUCGAAGUUAUGAUCAACAUGGUCUUGAAGCGAACCACAAGGUUACCACAAGCAAAGGGGACAAUGACACUACUAGGUCAUGCUGAGGCACGCUCAGUCCAGUGGCCAAGAAAGAAUAUCAGCACUGAAGAAGAGGACAUGGACAUGACUCAUGCAUCAAUUUUGAGCUGCAUGGACAAGAACUUGCGCAUUCAUUCCAGAUCAGAUGGUAAGGUGCUGACAUUGGAGGAACAAGCAGCAAAUCGGGAAAUGAGGAGGAGGGCAGAAAACCAUGACAGCCAGACAACUAAGAGGAGGAGAACCUUCACCUUCAAGUCAAAAGCCUCCAUAGCUUCUCCAGUCCAGGCUGAUGAAUUGCUGGAUGAUGUGUGACCAGGCUGGAUGAUGCUUUCAAGCUGAUGAAUUUGUAUGUUAUCUAAUGAUGGAUGAUGCUGGAUGAUGUUGAUGACUGCUUAUGACUGAAUGCUUGUAAGUUAUCUGAUGCUGGAUGAUCAUGUUUAUGACUGAUUAUGACUGAAUUCUGUUUAUGACUGAAUGCUUGUUUGUGUAAUUGUAAGUUAAAUACCUGAAUGCUUAUGACUGAAUUGUAAGUUAAAUGAUUUGACUGAAUGUUCAUGAAUGCUGCCAGUACAGUAUAUCAAAAUUUGCCUACAAAAAGAAACAGCGGCAUUAGGCCUAUAUGCCUGAAAACAAAUUUGGAGGCAUUUGCAGAAAUGCCGGCAAAAGCUUUGAACGGCAUUUCCACCUUGUGCCAGAAAAAAGGUUCCGCGGCGUCACAACCUUGUGCCAGAAAAAGAUUCGGCGGCAUCUCCAUAAAGUGCCGGCAAAAACCUUCCACGGCACAAUCUAAAGUGCCGGCAAAACUCUUAAC